CAAAAUUAAAACCUAGUUCAAUUUUCAGCUUCGCUUAUUUAGAUAAAAAUGUCUGACUCCAACACCCGUAUUGCGAUCGUUAAUAACGACAAAUGUAAACCUAAACGAUGCCGGCAAGAAUGUCGGAAAUCUUGCCCUGUCGUCCGAAUGGGAAAACUUUGUAUUGAAGUGACCCCACUUUCCAAGUUAGCCUGGAUAUCCGAAGAGUUAUGCAUAGGUUGUGGUAUCUGCGUCAAAAAAUGUCCGUUCGAAGCGAUUUCUAUCAUUAAUCUACCUAGCAACUUGGAGAAGGACACGACGCACAGGUACAGCGCAAAUUCGUUCAAACUUCAUCGACUACCGAUCCCUAGGGCAGGAGAAGUGCUCGGUUUGGUCGGGACGAAUGGAAUCGGAAAAUCUACUGCUUUAAAAAUCCUCGCUGGGAAACAGAAGCCAAACUUAGGAAGUUACGACGAACCACCAGACUGGACAGAGAUCUUGAGUUACUUCCGCGGUUCAGAGUUACAGAAUUACUUCACCAAGAUUUUGGAAGAUGAUAUGAAAGCUGUUAUAAAACCACAAUAUGUGGAUCAGAUACCAAAGGCUGUUAAAGGUACAGUGCAGGCUAUGCUGGAUCGUAAGGAUGACUCUGGAACUCAGGAAGAGUUUUGUGGACUCCUGGAUCUAAACCAUGUUCUUACACGGAAGAUAGAAGAUUUAUCCGGAGGGGAGUUGCAACGAUUCGCGAUUGCUGUUGUCUGCAUCCAAAAAGCGGACGUUUAUAUGUUUGAUGAGCCGUCUUCGUACUUAGACGUCAAGCAACGCUUAAACGCUGCUGUUGCGAUCAGGAAUCUUUUGGGGACGACAAACUAUGUGAUUGUUGUUGAGCAUGAUUUAAGUGUGUUGGAUUAUUUGUCCGAUUUCAUUUGCUGCUUGUAUGGUGUACCUGGUGCUUACGGUGUCGUGACUAUGCCAAGUUCCGUGCGGGAAGGAAUCAAUAUUUUCUUGGAUGGGUUCGUGCCAUCCGAGAAUCUACGUUUCCGAGACAGCUCGCUGGUUUUUAAAGUCUCGGAGACGGCAGAAGGAGAAGAGGACGUGAAGAAAAUGUGCAGAUACUCCUAUGGAGACAUGAUGAAAAAACUUGGAGAUUUUGAACUCACAGUGAAAGGAGGAGAAUUCACCGACUCUGAGAUCGUGGUCAUGCUGGGGGAAAACGGGACGGGGAAGACGACUUUCAUUCGAAUGCUCGCUGGGAAGUUGGCUCCAGACGCUGGGAAUAAAGUUCCAUCACUCAACAUUAGUUACAAACCUCAGAAGAUUAGUCCAAAGUCCACAGGCACUGUCCGUCAAUUGCUUCACGAGAAGAUCCGGAGCGCUUACGUUCACCCACAAUUCAUCACAGAUGUAAUGAAACCAAUGAUGAUGGAUAAUAUUAUCGAUCAGGAGAUACAGAAUUUAUCAGGAGGUGAACUACAACGGGUGGCAAUUGCUUUGUGUCUUGGUAAACCUGCCGAUGUUUAUUUGAUUGAUGAACCGUCGGCUUAUCUUGAUUCCGAGCAACGUAUUGUUGCAGCAAAGGUUAUCAAACGUUUCAUUCUCCACGCCAAGAAAACAGCAUUUGUUGUGGAGCACGAUUUUAUAAUGGCAACUUACUUAGCGGACCGUGUGAUUGUAUUCAGCGGUCGUCCAUCAAUAGAAACAACAGCAAAUCACCCCCAACCUUUACUAUCGGGCAUGAACAGUUUCUUGGAGUCGUUAGAAAUCACUUUCCGACGAGACCCGAAUAACUUUCGUCCACGAAUUAACAAGCUUAACUCGGUAAAGGACGCGGCACAGAAGAAGUCCGGCCAGUAUUUCUUUAUGGAGGAUUAGAAAAUCUAAUUUUGUAUUUAUUUUUUAAGUUCAUGGCAAAAAGAAUGACAGAGUAAAAAAUAAGUAAAAACAUCCAUUUUUUCGGGAAAAAAUUACUGAAAUAAUUCUUUUGCUGUAAAGUGUCCAUUGUGUUAAAAACAUUGCCUAAAAAAUUACUAAAUGUAUUUUUGCUGUAAAAUGUCGUUUUUUCUUUUUUGUUGUUUGAAGAAAAUUUGAGUAUCUCGGUUUCUAAAGAAUAAUUUUGCAGUUUUGACUAUUUGUUCAACGUAAAUAAGUUUGGGUGUUGGAUGUUAAUUGCAGAUAAUAUAUAUAUAUAUGUGUGUGUGUGUGUGUGGGAAUGAAGGUUGAACUGUGUGCUUGUUAUGACAAAAUUUGGUUUGGAAAACCGGUGAAUAAAUGAGAUAAUGUUGCUGGUAAAA